UGACACCUAGGUGAAGAAAAACUGCGGGCUAGCUGUCACGGCGCGCGAAAGAUCAAAAUUUCUCUUCGAUGUGUGGAACAGGCGGGAGGAAGAGAAGCAGUCAGGCUAAACGCUUUGUAAAUGUGCUUUUCAUGUGUGAAAUAGCCCUUGUCACACAGACAUUUAGUUUUCGACGUGUGUUGUGUUGCUGCCGAGUUUCGACGAAGCGUUGUUGUCUCCGCUGGUUUCUUUUCCACGAGCGUAGCGUGAAGUGAGCAGCGGACAAAGAUGAGCCUGGUCCUCUCUCAACAGCAGGCGGAGGUGCUCCCAGCUGUCACCCAAACUGCAACCGAGAGUGAUUCAGACAGCGGGAUGGGCUCUCCAGCAGAGGAGAUGGUCACAGAGACAGCCAAAGAUAAAGAAGAGCUUCCAGAUUCUGAUGAUGAUGAUGAUGAUGAAGACAUCACAGUCCACAGAAAGCCUCACCGUAAUGCCAUUCGAGACAGUGACAGUGAGGAAGAGGAGACAGCUGCGGAGAACAGUGGCCACAUGGCCGAAGCACUGGUCUUAUCUGCUUCCAGUGGAGAAGAGAUGGAGGCAGAAGAGAAGGAUGAGAGAAAAGAGAAAGGGGCACAGAAGAGUAAAAGAAUAAGCCAUGCUUUUGACAGUGAAGACAGUGAGCCUGAGCAAGGGAAAUGCGGAGAAACCGAGAGGCAACAAGAGGAGCUAAAGAAGGAAACCAAAUCAACGAAGGAACGGAAGAAGAGUCAGAGGCAUCUGGAAAAAAAGGAGAAGCGCAUCAAAGUGGUGGAGAAACUGAAGAAGAAAGAGCGGUUCUCUGAAAUAGAUGAGAGCACGCCUCUCCCUCGGGCUCUGAAUGACAGUGGGUGUCUGCUGGGCGACACAGACCUGUUUGACACUGGUCUGGACGAUGAGGAGGAGUCUCUGGAGGCCAUCAGAGCUGCUGUCAAGCAAAAGAUGAAAAAACAUAAGGACCCCCUCCUGGAUGACGAAGAGGAGGAAGAUGAAGAGGUACCAGAGAAGCCCCAGCGUGUGGAGAGGAAAGCUGCACGUGCCAGCAAAGAGGCAAUGAAGCAGCUCCACAGUGAGUCUCAAAGGCUGAUCAGAGAGUCAACACUGGGCCUGCCCUACCACAUCCCUGAGCCGAAGACCAUCGACCAGUUCUUUAAGAAGAGAACCCGGCCAGAGGGUCCUGCCAUGGCAUUGUUAAAAUCUACAAAGUAUUCAGCCGUGAUGUUAGAGACACCCUCAGCACCUCCUCCACCUCCCAUCAACCCACCCAGUGAGCAUCUACAGCCAUCUGCAAAGCAAGACUCUUCUCCCUCUCUAGAUCUGUCGUCCACUCAGAUCCAGCCCAUACACCAACCAGCCGCCACCUCGUCCCCGCAGCGUGAGAGCCUCAACCAGGGCAAAGAAACAACUGCAAGCCCAGAUCCUAACCAGGAAUCUGGACCAGUGUUUUACCUCUCUGAGAGUCUGCAGGAGUCGGUCACAACAGAUCGAGGAGUGAGUCCAUUGGACUCUAGUGAACAAACCUCUCCUCCACCCAUAGAGCAAAGCCAGACUGGAGUAAUGUCUGACUGUGACGCCAUGCAAAAACAGCCUGUAUCUGUGGUGGAGCCUCUGGCUGCUCAGUGUGGGAGUGCCAAUGCUGCUGCAGCAGAGCCUUCAGCACAGCAACCCAAACCCAAGAGGGACAAACUGGCCAUACUGAAGAAGCUUGGACUGGACCCCCCACCUGUUGCUAAAUUGUGUCCAGAUGACGGUGCCUUUGUUCAGCUGGAGCCUCCACAGCUCAAUCGUGGUCUGGAGGCCCUGAAGGAACGUUACCUGCGGCACGUUAAGGCGCCCACACGCCCUCAAGGAGAGCGUACGAUGCAGCUUAACAUCAUCUGCAAAGGCAGCAACCCAUCGGGUCAAGAAGAGUUGCAAACAGAGUCCGUCGCUGUUACUGUUAAAGAGGGAGUAGAGGAUACUGUGGUAACCAAACCAGGAGAGAAGCUGCUGACUCUGAAGCAGCGCCUACAGAAUGCCAUGGCUCAAAAGAGACAGGAGGAGAGAGCACGCAAGGCUGAGCUAAAUCGCCUAGACAAUGAGGAAUGUGGAGAAGAUGAAGAGGAGGAGGAGGAAGAUAUGACAGAUGAGUCUGAGGAAGAAGAGGGUGUAGAUGACUUACUAGGAGGUGAAGAUGGUGAGGCGGAAGAGGAGGAAGGCAGUGUUGCCCCAAGUAUCAGAAGCCCUUCUCCUGUAGCACUGAGCGGACCCUCGCCAACUCCUGACCUAGUUAACACAGAUGGUACACUCAUGCUUUUCCCAGGCAACUCCUGCUCUCGUACCGGUGAUGGUAUAAGAAGGCCUGGUCCUCCUGGACAGGACAGCGGCAAUAAGAUGGAAGAGGACGACUCUCUGUCCCUCGUGAAGGACAACAGCCACAACAGCAGCUUUGAACUUGCAGGAUCUAUGAUAACCUCCUACCAGCCUGUCAGUCAUCAGCGCUCCGCAGGAAGAAGCAUCCCCAACUCCUCCAUUUUCCGCUCCCCUUCACCCUGCCUCUUCAGACACGGCUACCUCGGCUCUGCUUCUAAGAGUUCAGGCAAAGUCUCAGAGCCUUCUCUCUGCCUCCCCGUCGAGGACUCUCAAGACUUGUAUGCACCGUCAUCCCCAGGAGCAGAUUUGGGGGCCCUUGGUAGAGCAGCAUCUGGCCCUGGUCUGGGAGGAGACUCCCAAGGUCGCUUCUCCCUGGAGGACGACACCCAUUCCCAGUUACUAGAUGCAGACGGCUUCCUAAAUGUGGGGCCUCGCCCCGGUGCACCACGCUCCCACAAGAGACAGCUGAUCCUGGACAGCCUGGAUGAAAAUGCAAUGGAUGCCAACAUGGGGGAGCUGUUGGGGUUGUGUUCGGGUGUUUUUGGGACAGCAGAGGACGGCUCGAGUGGGACAAGAGGCCUGGGGGCAACACAGGAGGAUGAGCUGCUCGGGUUGUGUUCUGGAGCAUUUCCACCAACACAGGCAGGAGAAGAGCAGAUGGAUAGUGACAGGAGUAAGGAGAGAGGACAGGAUGAAGAAUCUGAUAAUACCAUGGAUCAGCUGCUGGGGCUGUGUUCAGGGAAAUUUCCUAGUCCAGGUUCUGCUCACACAGCUUCACCAGCACACAGUAAAAAGAAGCCAGAGGUAGAAGAACAACUGCAGCAGCAGCAGGAGGAGGAAGAGGAGGAGGUGGAAGACUGCGAGUUCCGGCUUCUGUCAGAUGUGGAAAGUCAUAGUGAACAGGAGGACAAUGAUGAGAAUGGAGAGGAUGAAGAUGGUGGUGAGGAAGAGGACCAUGAUGUAGAAGAGGAGGAGAUGCAGGGCAUGUUUGCACCACAUCGGGUCAAGAAAAAGAAGAAAAUGCGUAUGACUGACUAUGUGGACUCUGAGGCUGAGCUGUCAGGCAGUGACUUGGGCAGCGAUGAUGAGGAUGAAGGUGGACAGAGCGAAUAUGAAGAAGAGGAGCUUCUGGAAGAGCUUCCCUCUGAUGAAGAGCUGCAGGACCAGGUCAACAAGAUCCACAUGAAGCAGAUAAUGGAUGAUGACAAGCGCCGUCUGAGGUUCUACCAGGAGCGUUACCUCGCUGAUGGCGACCUGCACUCUGACGGCCCAGGACGAGCUCGCCGAUUCCGUUGGAAAAAUAUUGAUGAUGGUUUCGACAUGGACAGAAUGGGAGCAGAGGAAGAGGAGGAGGAAGAUGAUGGCGUGGAUCAGUCUGAGGUCCAGAGAAGGAAAGAGAGACUGGAGAGGGAACAGUGGCUCAGGGAACAGUCUGAACAGAACGCCAAGAAAGGCGAAGAUUUAGAUGCAGAUGAUGAGAAGAUUGGAGAGGAAGAUAGUCAUUUUAUGAAGCUGGCCAAGAAACUGACUGCCAAGACUCUGCAGAGAAAAGCAGAGCCUCCAGUGGCACCACACCCAGAAAAGAAGACCAUACCUGCUCUCAACCCCUUCCAGAGACCCGCGCAGCCCUUACAGGUGAGGAGAGGGUCACUACUGAGUCAGCCUCAGUCCGUCCUCCAGAAACUGGCUUCCAUCUCAGAGGGGAAUCCUCUGGCGCCCAGAAACAGCAGAGGCUUCCUGUUUCAAACUCUGUCUCCUGAGAAGGACAACUCGACCUCAGAUGCUCCCCAGAAACAGAUGAUGAAGAAGAGGGGGCCGGUGGGAGCAGUGAACCCAGCAGCGAAGAGGGUCUGCAGAGAGAACAAACCUGCUGGACAGACUAAAGGACCCCAGAGGAGCAUCUUCAACUUCCUGGGCCACUGAGGUCACUACACUACCUGAAUGACGAUCAUCAGUGGGCGGGGAAGGCAACCGAGCAACCACGUCCAGCUUUUCACCAGACAAUAAGAAUGAUGACGGUGCUGAACUGAGGCCAAGCUGGCUGGUAGAUGAAACACACACACAGCUGCUUUACGUUGCCUUAAAGUGGUAAACUAAAGAGCACCACUCAUAUUAGAUGUUUUUUUCCUUCUACUUCCACACUGUGUGUGUGUGUGUGUGAGUGUGAGUGUGAGUGUGUGAAAUCAGAAGCAUCCAUCUGUCUCAUCUUACUUGACUGACUGGACCGUCAGAAUUCCAUUUAAAAAUGUUUUAUCAUGUAAAUAGGAUUGAUUUAGUUUUUAAUAGUUGGGGAGUUUCUUAAAUGUAUUUGUUUUCCAUUGUAAAUAAA